UUUCGUGACGCUAUCAACCCGCGCCGGAAGUGAAGCGGAACAAUUUCCGGGCGGAGCCGGCGCGAUGGCGGCUGACACGCAGGUUUCGGAAACGCUGAAAAGAUUUGCAGUGAAAGUGACCACCUCCAGCGUGAAGGAGCGCAGAGAAAUCCUCAGCGAACUUGGAAGAUGCAUUACUGGGAAAGAUCUGCCAGAAGGCGCAGUGAAGGGACUGUGUAAACUUUUCUGCCUCACUCUGCAUCGAUACAGAGAUGCCGCAUCACACAGAGCCCUUCAAACAGCUCUUCGGCAGCUUGCCGAAUGCCAGCCAGAAGUGACCGCGAAGAAUCUUUUGUGCUCCCUGCAAUCUUCAGGAAUCAGCAGCAAGUCUGGGGGAUCCAGCAAGAGCAGUGCUUCUGCUGCUUCGCUGGCUCUCUCAUGGACCUGCCUGCUCGUUCGCAUUGUCUUCCCGACGCAAGACAAGAGGCAUGGAGAGACAUGGGAGAAACUGGUUGAAGUUCAGUGUUUCCUUCUGUUGGAGAUCCUGGGCGGCUCCCGCAAACCUGUGGUGAAUGGCGCCGUGAAGAAAUUGAACAGACUCUGGAAAGAGAAUCCUGGGCUGGUGGAUCAGUAUCUCUCCAUCAUUCUUCAUUUGGAAGCCAAUCAGGGAUAUGCGAUCAUGCUGGGCCUACUUGUGCAGUUCUGUACUAGCCAGAAAGAUCUCAGCACCAUCAACAAACACAAGGCUGCCCUGCUUGCUUUCUACGUGAAGACCCUCCUGAUGAGCAAGACCAAGCCUCAUAAACACGUCUUGGACAAUUGCGCGCCUCUGCUCCGGUAUGUGUCUCAUUCCGAAUUCAAGGACCUCAUGUUGCCAGCUUUGCAGAAAUCUCUCUUGAGGAGCCCGGAGAACGCCAUUGAAACAAUUUCUUGUUUACUGGCAUCGGUCACCCUCGAUCUCAGCCAGUACGCUCUGGACAUCCUGAAAGGACUAGCGAGCCAGUUGAAAUCCAACAGUUCUCACCUGAUGGACAAGGCUGUAGUUGCCCUAAAGAAUUUGGCUCUGCAGUGCAGCGACCCGUCCACCGUGGAGGCAUUCGGGAAACACCUCUUCGCCAUUUUGGGAGGUGCGGAAGGAAAGCUGACGGUGGUGGCUCAAAAAAUCAGCGUCCUCUCAGGGAUUGGUAGUUGCAGCCAUCAUGCAGUCUCGGGGGCAUCCAAUCAGGUUCUCAGUGGCACCAUGGUCGAGCUCUUCAUCCCUUUCCUUCAGCAGGAAGUCCACGAAGGCACUCUGGUGCACGCCAUUUCCAUCCUUGCUCUCUGGUGCGGCCGAUUCGUCACGGAAGUCCCCAAAACGCUAGUGGAAUGGUUCAAGAAAGCAUUCAGCCUUAAGGCCUGCACUUCUGCUGUCAGGCACGCCUAUCUCCAGUGUAUGCUGGCUUCCUUCAAAGGCAAUGUCCUCCUACAAGGGGCAGAGAUGCUGCCCUUACUGAUCCAGACCGUGGAGAAAGCAGGAGCUCAGAGCACUCAGAUUCCCCUGGUAACUGAAGGCGUUGCUGCAGCUUUGCUAAUCUGCAGACUUUCGGUAGCCGAUGCGCAAAUAGAAAACAAACUGAACAGCUUAUGGCAGCUUAUUUUGGAUGAGAAAAAACAGAUCUUCACUUCCGAGAAGUUCCUGCAGUCUGCUUCAGAGGAAGUGAUGUGUACAGUUCUGCAGCUGACCGAACGCCUUCUCUUAGACCACGAAUCUCGGCUACCUGGAGCUAAAAUCCAGCAGUAUUACAGAGCCUUGACUGCUGUCCUCCUCAGCCGGUCCUGGAGCGUUCGGAGGCUUGCUCAGCAGACUGUGAGAAAACUCUUAUCUUUGCCAAGAGGAUUCAAGUUAGCCUGCGGCCUCUUAGAAGAGCUAAAAGCGGUUCUCGUUUCACACAAGGUGCUCCCACCUGAGGCCUUGGUAACCGAAUCUGGAGAGUUGUCGGAACAGGGCAAAACAUACAUCCCUCCGCGUAUACUUCAGGAAGCCUUGUGCGUCAUCGCCUGUGGGCCAGGGAUGGAAGGAGAACCGGAGGAGAAAGAAAAACUGGUCUUGGAAAUGCUGCUCGUGAGCAGUCAUCCUUCUUUGGUGGCAGGACAGCCUGGCCUUUGGCCUGCCCUCCUGAUCAAGAUGAAGCUGGACCCUAUUGACUUCAUCACCAAACAUCUGGAAAAAAUCUUCGACCGCAUCGUCGUCACUCAGAGCCCAAUGAAUCAGUCCUCUCUGAAUGCAGUUGGCUUGAUCUCUGUCCUUCUACCUGCCAAAGUCCUCCCUCAGCUGAUCAGCACCAUUUCCGCCUCCCUUGAAAACCCGGCCCUGUGUCUCGUGACCCAAGAAGAAUUCGCGAUCAUGAAGAUGCCGGAAGGGGAACUCUAUGACAAGUCUAUCUUGCACAGUGCCCAGCAGGAUAGCCUGAAAAAGGCCAACAUGAAGAGAGAGAACAAGGCCUACUCUUUUAAGGAGCAGAUCAUCGAACUGGAACUCAAAGAGGAGAUCAAGAAGAAGAAAGGAAUCAAGGAAGAGAUUCAGCUGACGAGUAAACAAAAGGAGAUGUUGACUGCCCAGCUGGAGAAGGAAUCUCAGAUGAGAAAGCAAUUGAAAGAGCUGGACACUGAAUUGGAAUCCACCCUGGGUCUUUUUGACGCCGUCCUCAAGAGGAACCCUCCCAGCCUCUCCCAGUACAUCCCUGCCCUUGUCGGCUGCUUCCUACCUCUGUUCAAAUCCCCGCUGGCAGCUCCGAGGAUUAAGGCCCCCUUCCUUUCUCUGGUGUCGUGCGUGAUGCCCGAUCACUUAAAGACUUUUGGGACCGUAGCGAGUCACGUGACUUUGCGAAUGAUGAAACCCGAAUGCGAUUUGGAUGAAUCCUGGUGCCAGGAAGAUUUGCCCACGGCUGUGAACCGAGUGAUCGGUUUGCUGCACGCACACACCGUGCCAACCCGGAUAACCAAAGGAGAGGAAGGUCCCAUGCCAUUAUCGGCCCCGGCCUUUUCCUUAGUCUUUCCUCUUCUGAAGAUGGUGCUACUGGAAACCCCCAACGACAGCGAAGAGAAGGAGGAGCUCAUGGUGAAGGUUUUGCAGAUCAUCACCGUCCACGCUCAGCUGCGGUCCUCUACGAAUGACGAGAACUGGCUGGUGGAUGAGAACGGUCCCGAGUUACUUCCUCGUACGGACAUGCUGUUGCUCUUGACUAAAGUUAUCGGGACAGGAUCACCCCGUGUACAGGGCACUCUUAUUCUUGGCCAGGUUUUGGGUUCGGUGGCGCUAACAGCCCUGUGCGCCAGUAGCGGCGGCGAAGAUGGCUGCGCCUAUGCGGAACAAGAGGAGAUAAAUGUCCUUCUUCAGGCUCUGCAGUCACCCUGCAUGAACGUUCGAGAUGCAGCUCUCCGGGGUUUGACGGAACUCCAGAUGGUCUUGCCCACUCCGGACAGCGAUGAGAAGAACGGCAUGAACCUUUUGCGCCGGCUCUGGGUGGUGAAGUUUGACAGGGAAGAAGAAAUCCGCAUGUUGGCAGAGAGGCUGUGGGUAUCGAUGGGUUUAGAGUUGCAGCCAGACAUCUGCUCCAUCCUCAUCAAGGAUGUCAUCCACCACGAGCAGGCGGUGCGCCAGGCUGGAGCCGAAGCCCUUUCCAAGGGGGUUGAACAAUAUCGAAGCCAGACAAAGGAUGUCAUAGCCAAACUGAUGGAGAUUUAUCAAGAGAAGCUCUAUAGACCCCCGCCUGUUUUGGAUGCCUUGGGACGGGUGAUCUUGGAGUCUCCCCCUGACCAGUGGGAAGCCAGGUGCGGCAUCGCUUUGGCCUUGAACAAGCUUUCUCAGCACCUGGAAAGCUGCCAGGUGAAGCCUCUUUUUGAGUUCUUUGUCCCCGAUGCCCUCAACGAUCGUCACCCCGAAGUUCGAAAGUGCAUGCUGGACGCUGCCCUCUCAGCCCUUAAUACCCAUGGCAAGGAGAGUGUCAACUCCUUGCUGCCAGUCUUUGAGGAGUUCCUUAAGAAUGCCCCCAACGAUGCCAGCUACGAUGCCGUCCGGCAGAGCGUGGUCAUUCUCAUGGGGUCGCUGGCCAAACAUUUGGACAAAAGCGAUCCGAAAGUGAAACCCAUCGUGGCCAAGCUGAUCGCAGCGCUCUCGACGCCAUCCCAACAGGUUCAGGAGUCGGUGGCCAGCUGCUUACCGCCUCUCGUGCCGGCCAUCAAAGAAGACGCUGGCAGCAUGAUCCAGAAGCUGCUGCAACUUUUGCUGGAAUCCGAUAAGUACGCGGAGCGAAAAGGAGCUGCUUACGGGCUGGCGGGCCUAGUGAAAGGGCUGGGCAUCCUUUCCCUGAAGCAGCAGGAAAUGAUGGCCAAGCUGACCGAUGCAAUCCAGGACAAGAAGAAUUUCCGGCGGCGGGAAGGGGCUUUGUUCGCCUUUGAGAUGCUCUGCACCAUGCUGGGGAAGCUCUUUGAGCCCUAUGUGGUUCAUGUACUGCCACAUUUACUGCUCUGUUUCGGAGACGGCAAUCAGUAUGUCCGGGAGGCUGCAGAUGAUUGUGCCAAAGCUGUGAUGAGCAACUUAAGCGCCCACGGAGUCAAGCUGGUGUUGCCUUCUUUGUUAGCCGCUCUCGAGGAGGAUUCGUGGAGAACCAAAGCCGGUAAAAAUUUUGUGCCUGGCCUUCUAAACCUCUUAGAGAGAGUUGUAAAGCACUGUGAAGCUCGCAAGCAUUUGUUGCUAUGUGUGCUUUACCAACUUUACACGGAAAUUCUGAUUAGGUGCAGUUGA